AUGGCCACCUCCUCAGACAGCGAAAAGAAGUGCCUGUUGACGCCGAAGACGCCCGACGCGGUGCGCGGAAACUUUGCCUUCCAGGAGGGUGAAGCCAUGGCCGAAGGGGACGAAGACGUGCGACUCGAGUCCCGGGCCUCGUCGAUCAACGGCCGUGAGUCGAGGACGGCCACAAAUCAGGGGGAUGACGAUUCGCUGGCACCCGGCGAACCACCAAGGAGCAUCAGUCCAAUGCCGGGCAGCAUGUUUGCCAACUGCCCCUUAAUCUACAGCGAACCUGCAUUAGCUGGGGAGGACAUGCCAAUGUUUCGCUGCUCGGCGGCCAGUGAGAAUUGGCUUGCGCUCGGCAAGCGACGACACCCCGACUCAAACCAGGGCGUUGGUAGGGACUCCGGGAUUGCGUCUAUCACUGGCGAUAACGGGGCCCAGGACGACGAUCCCUCGAAGGAGAGCGACGUCUAUUUUGGGAACAUGACGCCAAAACAUUCGAUGUGUCUCUCGGAGAUUAGUUGUGCUACGGUGGCGACGAGUCGCCAAGGCGGGCACAAAACCUCCUUCUCAACGCGAGAAAUCCGGGAGCAACAUCAGAAGAUGCAGGAACGAUACCGGCCAAAGCGACAGCGACACUAUACUGACCCAGUAGACUUUGAGGGUGUGCUCAACAUCAUCGGCGGGUGCUCGUGGUGGCAAAUCUGGGUGUACGUCCUGAUCUCGAUGCAGCAGAUCCCGCACGCCAUGUUCAACCUGAACGUCGUCUACAUGAUGUACAACCCGGAGCAUUGGUGCCAGGUCCCCGGCUUCCACAACGUCACCGACGCCGGGUAUCUCUGGAACCUCGAAGACGCGAUGAACACGACGAUCGUCUUUCCGAGAACAUCUUUCAGCCAGAGGGACAGUAACCUCUACCACGACCAGUGUCACUACUUCGCUCGGGGCCAGCAACGAUUUGAGGCGCUUAGAAAGAUGCCACUGGAGGAAGCCAUAAAAGCGGUCGACGGCGAGCCGGCGGUGAUGACCAAAUGUACCGGGUGGGAGUACAAGAAAGACGUGAUGGAGGAAACAAUCGUAACCGACUGGAACCUCGUCUGUGAUGACAAUAUGAAGCGUGGCCAUGCCCAUCUCUUCUAUUCGUUCGGCUACUUGGUCGGAUGUCUGCUAGGAGGUUUCGCUAGUGACAGCUUCGGCCGAAAGCCCACCGUCAUCGGGUUCGGCGUGUUGUCGUCAAUGUUCGGCGUCUUCCUCCCCUUCACCACCUACUUUCCAAUGUUUCUUUUUAUACGGUUCCUCAGCGCCGUCUGCAACGAAGCGGCCGACCUGGCUGCCUACAUCUUGUGUAUGGAGAUUACCGGUGUAAAAUAUCGAUCGAUGAUUGGGUCGUUGCUCCAAGCGCCUUGGGCCGUCGGGUACGCCUUGCUGGCGCUUCUCGCGUAUUUUUGCAAGAGCUGGAAGACGAUACAGGCAAUCGCGGCAGCGCUCCACUUCGUGGCGGUCCUGUUGAUCUGCACGAUUCCGGAGAGUCCACGAUGGUUGAUCGUCUCGAAUCGGGUAGCCGAGGCGGAGGAAGUGAUCCGGAAGGCGUGCAGGAACCCUCCGUUCCCCUUCAACCUGUGUCGCGCCAACCAAGGCAGCCUGCCCUCCGACCUCGAGCUGGUUCGGCAUCGGGAGACGAGCAAAUGGGUUAGGGCGCAGAACGGGAAAGUCAACCUGUGGCAUCUUUUCAAGAUCCGAGAACUGCGCUUCCGGAGCAUCAUCGUUUGCAUCGUGUUCAUGGCAACAGCACUCGUCUACUAUGGACUUGUCAUUGCCCUCUCCGACCAGUCAGCGCCUGGAAGAGUCCUGUUCUCCGGCAACUUCUUCCUGAACAACGCCAUCGCCGGUGCUGUCGAGCUGCCGACGCUGAUCAGCUGCGUCUACUUGAUGAAGUUUGGAAGAAAAAGGGCCCAGAUGAUAACCCUCGUCUGUGCUGGGCUGUGCCUGAUCAUAGCACUCCUCGCCGUCCAGGGCAAGGUGUACAUGGUGGCGUUGCUGUUCAUGAUGAUGGGCAAGAUUUGUGUACAGGGAGCCUUCAACAUCCUUUACAUCUUCACUUCUGAACUCUACCCAACUGUGGUUCGGAAUUCGGCGGUCGGCUUCAGCUCCAUGAUCGCCCGAUUUGGAGCUGGAGUCUCGUCGUACAUCGCUAUGCUCUCCGACGUCACGCUUCCGAUUGUGCCCAUGAUGAUUUUUGCGGUGUUCUCCCUUGUGGCCGGAAUGCUGGUGAUGUUACUUCCGGAGACAAACGGGCUUCCACUUCCGGAAACUAUUGAGGACGCGGUGACCCUGCUGAAGUCGAGCGACCGCAACCGCGCUUGUUACGGGUUUAUGGGCAACGACAAGAGCGUGUCGUUGCUCGACGAGCCGGUUGAGAACGAGCCGAGCAGCGGAAACCAAAGAGAGCACAGCGAGACGAUGACGGGUAUGGGCGCGUCGAACAACGGUUCAUUUGCAUCGUCCAUUUCUGCGGCAGCUCAGGCGACCGAGCGGGCGUUGAGUCAAGCGAGUCGACGUCGAAUUCUGACGCCCCAUCGCGGCGCCAGCGCCCCAAAAUCCACCGCCGCCCCGCCAGAGUCGUAUGAAAUUUCCUCGAUGGCCACCAUCGUGGAAAACCAA